GGCAUUCAGGAGUAUUCUGGAAUUCCCAAAUAAAACCCAUUACAACUAUGGGGAGAUUCAAGACACAAACAGUGCAAACCUGAUAUCAAAGCUUACACUGUGGAAAUGUAGCGCUUAAUAUAAAAUAAAGAAAGAAAACAAUGUUUAAUGUCAGUAUUAAAUUUUGAACUAACUGUAGACUGGAAUGAAUGGAGUAUUGAACAUGAGAUUUCUGAGUGUGUUGAAAAUGGUGACAGCCUUUUAGUAUGGAGAGUGAAGAUAUUGCUGAGAUCCUUCACCUAAGUGUAGGUGGCUAUAAAUUCACAGCCCGGAGAGAGUCACUGUGCCGGUUCAAGGACUCCAUGCUAAGUGCCAUGUUCAGUGGCAGGUUUCCACUUAAAAGAGAUGACACAGGGGCUUGUGUUAUUGAACGGGAUGGAAAACUCUUCAAGUUUCUUUUGGAUUAUCUCCAUGGGGAUUUUCAUUUGCCUGAAGAUGAAGAGACCCACUUGGCUUUGCAACAAGAAGCAGAUUAUUUUGGUGUACCUUUUCCUCUGUCUUUGACAGAGCAUUUAGUGACAGAAUUGGUGUCUGGAGCUCAGAAAGAGGGCAUCACCGUGAAACAGGCUUUGUCAGAGCUCUGUGGUGCAUAUGGCCAGGUUCACACAUAUCCCUCAGUCUGGGUCCUGCACUAUCUAAAUGCUUGUGGAGCAAGUUGUGACAACAAGAUUCUUGGUGUUUUUGGAAGUAAGGAACAGGGGAUGGAGAUACUGGACAGAGAACUGGGCAAAAAGAAAAACAGCAAGAAUAUUCACUGCAGGGAGGCUGAUGGCAAUAUACAAUACAUAUGGAGUUACUAUUCGCCUACUGAGCUUGCCAAGAUAAUGGAUACCUUCUCCCACUGGGCCGGACGAGGAAUAAGCUUCUGGAGGGUGCCUCAUGAAUUGAUUGAAUGUUGGACACUAGAAAGACGAACUUUACUGGAGAGCAAAGAACCUCUUCUUCUAAUAAACAAAAGGUGGUUUUCAUGCAUGGAAAAAGAAGAGAUGGAACCAAGUCCAAAACGUGUUUUUAAGCGCAUUACUUUUUCCGGGCCUUCCACCUGUACAGCAAUCAAGGUUAAAAACUCUGGAAAAGAACAUACUAAAAAUGACUUUCCAAACAAGGAUUCUGAGGAGAGAGCUCAAAAUUUGGUUACAUGCAUAACAUUUGAAAAAUCCAGUAAUGGAUCUGGGAAUGAAAGUCAACCUGGGGUUUCUGGCAAAGACCUUUCUAAUAAGGAUACAGUGAGGACUAACGCUGCUGGAAGUUUCAACGAUUCUGGACCUUCAGGACAGAAAACUCAGAAAAGCAGCCGCCCUAUUCGCUUGAAGAGGCCUGCACCUUUCAACAAAGCCAGGACAGUGCAAACUAAUGAGGUCUUUGAACUGGAAGGGCAGAAAAAGUCGAUAUUAAUAUCAAGUGAGGAUCAAGGAGAAAAAGAGCAAAGACACAUGCAGGAGCAAAGAGAUGUGGUAAAUGAUAGGGAUGGAGAGGGCUGAUGCAUUUGGAUCAAGAGGCAGAGGGUUGCAUAGUUUGGUAUUUUUUGUCUUUUAUCAGCAGACUAAAAUUGCUAUCUCAGAUUGCUUUUACCUGCUUUGAAAUCCAUGUAAUGUGUUCUUACAGGCUUUACCUUCAAAGAAGUUGUAAAGCUGUCAAAUUGUGUUUUACAGGUCAUUGCUGUGGGUUGGUAUUCAAAAGAUACAUUUAGCAUUUUAAUACAUUUACACAAGAAAAGAAAUAAAAUGGUAACUUACGGUAUUUAUGAAUAAAAGUACAAAUGGAAUGAAAUGAAUCUUGCAAUGCCUGUUAAUUUAAAAUAUAACAAAUGCUUCAGGUUAUUGGUGCACUCCUUAGUCUCUCUUAACUGCUACAAACAACUACUGCAGACAGAUGCGAAUAUCAUUUUUAUUUUAUUUUAUUAAAGAAAGAACAAAUAAUUUGUUCCACAAAUAUUUUGCACAAAGCAAGAAACAUUUCAUUACAUGUUAUUACCUGGAAAUAUGGUAUUUAUGAAAAAUGUCACUUUUUUUUUGUUUUAAACCCCUCAGAUAUUAUCCAGGGUCUGAAAUUGCUGCUCACAUUUUUCUUUUUAACAAAUAAGCAGUUAGAAAAACAACAAAUAUUUUUUACCUUUGUCAAAACAAAAGACUACUGUUACUUCAGUUGCCAUCCAAAUUUUAGGAGGCUGAUAUGAAAUUUGAUCACGGCUUGUCUUAGAAAGGUUUUUUGGAAUGAUUUUCAGUUUGCACCUAGUGAAGUGCUUUAAAUAAUAAGUUUUUGAAAUGUACAUUUGUUUAGUUAAUGUAUUUUUGUGUAUUUGUAUUGAUGCUCCUAUCACCUGAGUAGACACUAACUGCUACUUUUACAAUAAUAUUGUCAAAACAAAAGUUAUCUUGAAUUGAAAUCAAACAUAAGAUUCUCAUAUUCACUGAAUCACCAGAAUGGACUGUAUUCUUGGUGACGUUAGGUGCUAACCCACCCAUUAUGGGAUGCCUGAUCAUCAUGAGGGCACUUUGAUGCAGGUACCCACACAUGACCAAUUUGCACAUUUUAACAUAUAUCUAUCUUACCUGGCAACAAUAAUAGAAGGACUAUUCUUGAAAUAGUGUUGUGUUAUUUGACUUAUGAACAGACCUCUGCCAUUAUUACUUAUGUCACUAUUUGGUUGUGUGGCAAAGAAGAAACGGAGUGAUUUUUAAAGUAGUUGUACUAAGAUAGUGUGAAUAAAUUAUAUAGGACAUCUGCAAGAUUGAGAUUAAUACGUGUGUUAAAGCUAAGAGUCUGAUGGUUUGCAUUUUCUUAACAUCUUAAAUAGUUUUUAACAGCUGCAGAUAAAAUUUGAAAAAAAGACAAUGCGGUGAAGUAGGGACAUUCAUUAGGAAAGUAAAGGCAUAUAAUAGGAUGUAUUUAUAAAAAUAGAAAGGGUGAAGCAUUAACUUCUUGUCAAAAACUGUUCCUUUUCCUGUUAUUACCUUUUUUUUUAAAAAACAGAUUGUUCCCUGCAUCAUCAUGUCAUAGAAAUGAAAUUUUCCUUGUUAAAGAAUAUGUAUAAGACACCUAUUGACCCAAUUGACCCUCUUGAGGUUAAAAUGGAUUAGAAAGAAGCAGUGGAGUUGUAUGUACUGUAUGUAUGUAUUGUUACUAAUCACUCAAGCCUUGAAGUCAUUACUAAAUGAACCAGUACUUUGUCAUGUUAUAUUUUUUGGAACAAAAAUAAUCUUACAAAA